AUACAUUGUAUGGGUAGAUAGCUCGACACGCCUUCUCAAGUUUCUUCCAUUUUCGAGAACACAAAACAACAUACGCGGGUUAAAAUCUAGCAGCGCGGUGGGGAGGCGGCGUCACAGCGAGCGGUGAAAGGUGAUCGAGCGACGACUGCGUGCGGCGAGAGGUGAGGCGGCGGCACGGCGAGCGGUGAGGUGGCGACACGGCACACAUAGUGACUCCGACUUCGAACGGCGAGGCAGACAAUCUGCGGACGAUAUUUUAAGGAAUCUAAAUAAUGGUGGAACUGGAACAGCAGCAGAGCCCUACUUCAGAUCGAGAUAGUGAUGAUGAUAUUGUCACUGAAGGUGCCUCAAUUGUGCAUGGAGAGCCUCCCCAAGAUGAAAGUGGGCCUCCUAAAGUAGAUACUAAAUUAGAAGUUCUCCAUGAGAAAGUGACUAAGCAAAUUAUCAAGGAAGGCCAUGGUCAGAAGCCAUCAAAAUAUUCUACUUGCUUCUUGCAUUACAGGGCAUGGACUGAAAGCACCCAACACAAGUUUGAAGAUACAUGGCAUGAACAACAACUGCUUGAGCUUAUCCUAGGAAAAGAGAAAAAAGAAAUGACUGGGUUGGCAAUUGGCGUUUCCUGUAUGAAAUCUGGUGAACGUGCCUUGCUGCAUGUUGGCUGGGAACUAGGCUAUGGAAAAGAAGGAAGCUUCUCUUUUCCAAAUGUGCCUCCAAUGGCGGACAUCGUGUAUGAAGUUGAAUUGAUUGGUUUUGAUGAGACCAAAGAAGGAAAAGCACGAGGUGACAUGACGGUGGAGGAAAGAAUUGGUGCUUCUGAUAGAAGAAAGAUGGACGGCAACGCAUUGUUCAAUGCGGAUAAAUUGGAGGAGGCAAUGCAACAAUAUGAAAUGGCCAUAGCAUAUCUGGGAGAUGAUUUCAUGUUCCAGCUGUUUGGUAAGUACCGGGAUAUGGCUUUGGCGGUUAAAAACCCUUGCCACCUCAACAUGGCAGCAUGCCUGAUAAAGUGCAAGCGUUACGAAGAAGCCAUUGCGCAGUGUGGUAUUGUUUUGGUGGAAGAAGAAAACAAUGUGAAAGCCCUUUUUCGGCGUGGCAAGGCUAGAGCUGAGCUCGGGCAGACAGAAGCAGCCCGUGAAGAUUUCCUCAAGGCACGUAAAUAUGCUCCACAAGACAAAGCAAUUGUGAAGGAGUUGCGUUUGCUUGCCGAACACGACAGAGCUGUUUACCAGAAACAGAAAGAGAUCUACAAGGGGUUGUUUGGGCCGAGGCCCGACCCAAAACCAAAAGCAAAAAAUUGGCUGGUUUUGAUUUGGCAGUGGCUGCUUUCAUUAUUUUAUCGACUUUUCAACAGGCAGAGGCAGAAGGCUCAAUGAUUGUUCGUUCCUUCUCAUGAGUCGGAUAGAUUUAUGGAAGCACAUGCAUUUUGACGUGAAUCUAUAUGACUGAUUUAUGAAUGCAAGCCUAUGCUUCUUAUUGUUAGUGAACUAUUUGUCGGUGAAGUGGAACUUUUGUUUGUAACAUUAUUAAAAUGUAUGAAAGUGAAGGUGAAGCUCAAUUUGGAUGCUCUCUUAUUGGAUAACUUCCCAGACUAAAAUUGGUGCAUGUAAUAAAAUCAUGUGUGUCACCGCUUCCUUAGGUUUUACAGGUUAAUUUUUGCAAAAAUAAAAUAAUAUAUUCAGCUUGUCUUUUCCCAGAAAUGCUCUUGCAGAGCAUUAUCAAAAUUCGUUUUCUUUUUGUUUAAAUACAUCAGCUAUCAGUUACCUCACAAUUCUAAGCUAAACACAA